AUGUCGGGACCCAUACAAGACGUUGUUGAAGAAGACGCAGCGGAUUUGCAGUUCCCUAAAGAGUUUGAAAAUGCAGAAACUUUAUUAAUAUCAGAAGUGGACAUGUUACUAGAACAUCGGAAAGCACAGAAUGAGUCUGCAGAAGAAGAGCAAGAAUUUUCAGAAGUCUUUAUGAAAACUCUUACAUACACAAACAUGUUCAAAAAAUUUAAAAAUAAAGAAACAAUAGCUGCUGUUAGGAAUCUCCUUCAAUCUAAGAAACUACACAAAUUUGAAGUGGCAAGUUUAGCAAAUUUAUGUCCAGAGACACCUGAAGAAGCAAAAGCAUUAAUACCAUCUCUAGAAGGCAGAUUUGAAGAUGAAGAGCUUCGAAUAUUGUUAGACGACAUACAAACUAAGCGUAGUUUACAAUAUUAA